AUGACGCGCGACAGGAGGCUGCUGCUGCUGCUGGGGUUGCUGAUGGCUUACGGCAUGCUCGCGGCCGAGUGCCGGCACCGUCAGCGCGAGGACGCGGCGGUGGCGACGACGACCACGAGGACGACGGAGGCACGACACCGGCAUCGACACAGGCACGAGUCGUCGAACCGAAACCACCAUCACGAUAGGAGGUCCUGGCAGAAUGUGGAUGAGUACGAGUACGAUGGCGAUUCCGAGGACCCGAUCGACGAGGACGAUUCAUACGAGACGCGGUUAUAUUACGAUCGUCCGCGAUUAUCCUCGCGUCAUCAAGCUGCACAGAGAAGUUAUCACGACCGGAUGUUCGAGCCGCGUUACCCGCCGAGGUACUACGGCGGCGGUUAUCAUACCGGGAACGGCUGGUACGACGAAGACGAUGGCAGGCGUAGGAUACCAUCACGGUAUAACACGAGGUAUCACCGAUAUCGAGGCUCCAGGACCCAUCGCAGGCCCGCGUAUCCGCGCGAUCGCGAGGUGUCCGAUCUGAACGAUGACUCGGAAGAAGAUUUCGAUUAUGACAGACCGCACAGGUACAUCGAGAAUGACGAGGCUGACAAGUGGCGCGAGUGGUGGCGGAACACGAGGCGACGCGCGUCCUUCCGGAGAGACUGGAGGAACAAAAUGAACGCUGGCUAUCGCGGCGCGAGAAGGCAUCGCCUGGGAGAUCGCGACGAGAUGCCGAGAUGGAUGGAUGAUUGGAGACGCAAGGGUGGAUCGAACUCGUCGGAGUCGCAGCGUCGCUUCUCGAAGGACGAGCCGGCUAAGAAGUCGGAGGAGGACGAGGAUUACGAGGAUCACGGCGGGCUCGAAGAAGGCGACAAGGACGAGGACGAGGACGAGAUCUGGAAGGACAUCGAUGACGAGGAGAACGAGGAGAAGGAGAAGGAGGAGGAGGAGGAGGAGGAGGAGGAGCUCGACAACGAUUUUUACAAGAGCGAGACAAAGCCGCCUCUAAAGACCUACGAGGACAUCAUCAGGAGGCUUACGUCUGACGAUCCGACCACUCCGAGGACCACCAUCAAGAGGGAUUACCGGAACACCGAGACGAGCAGACACAUAAAACGCGAUGGUUACAGAAAUCCCAAGUUUCUCGAGCCGAGAAAUGUAUCCAGACCGGUGGAUCCCUUUGCUACCACGUCCAAUUAUUUCGCUCCGAGCAGGCGAACCGUGGAGAGCUCGGCCGUCAAAUCCGCCGGACAUAAGCCCCCGAAGAACGCGAUUGGCGCGACGGUCAAGAACAACGAUCGACAGGAGGGAAAGAUCGUGGCGAAGAUCAACGAUACGCAAGCCAAAACCAAAAGUCUCGAGCAGGAUUACGACGAGUACCUGAACGCUCCGGAUAACGAGAAGGAGGAGGACCUCGCCAAAGCUGGAGUCGACGACGAUUCGGGCAUGCAGGCGGAUGUCACUAACACGGAUUAUCCCGACGAUGACAACGGCGAUGAGGAUGAGACUCCAGCCGACAUCUUCACCACGACGACCACGACCACGACCACGACGACCACGACGACAACCACGACGCCGAAGCCGUCGCUGAACCAACAUUACGAUUACAAGGACCUAAGGGCUUACGACAGCGGCACAGCGGCUCAGUAUAACGGAUACCAAGCGAAAAACGAUUAUCCGCCGAUGUCCGCUCAUAGCGUGCACAAGUGGCAGUCGCUCGGCACUCGCGAGGGCGUCAAAGAGACCAGAAGCAACAUGCAGCAGUACAACAAAAAUGGAAAGAGUGCUGAAAUCAGAGAGGCUCUCCAGCAUGCGAUUAAAGUCAACAAGGAAGGCAGCUGUCAAUGGCCACGUGCGAGAGUCGUCCCGGUACGCGACGUUUAUCCGAGCCCAUCGACCACCUAUAUUCCACAUUGCGCCAUACUGCACAGGUGCUCAGACGACACCGGAUGUUGCAGAUCGGAAGCACUCACCUGCGUGCCAAAGCACUCUCACCGCGUAGAACUCUCCUUCUAUACCACGAACGUGGGCGGUACCACCGUAGUGGAGAAGCUAUCGUUCUACAAUCACACGGAAUGCGAAUGCAGGGAGAGGUCCGAAUACGAGACGAAUCCGAACGAGAAGCUGCCGGACCAGAGACUCUAUCGGCACUAUCAGUCCUCGUCGCCCCCGCAGAACAUGAAGAAACCGCCCCUGAGAAAAUCCUGUCGAUGUCCGUCGUAUUUCAUGCCGAGGAUGACGCUGAACGGCGUCUGCCAGUGCAACUGCCACGAGAACAACGAGGACUGUAUAAAAACCAGACGCGGAAAAGUGUACUUCUCCCUCGCGGAUAGGAUGUGUAUCCAGAACAACGAAUGCGCUGCGCCCAACUGCGAGUUUGGCGAGUACAUAAAGUGGCAAGGCAGGUGUCCGCGCAAGAGGGAUACCUUCGACGCGAUAGCGGAUUACCGGACAAAUCACCGUUUUAGAAGCUAGAGGAAACGCAAUGGACAGACCGGGAAUAACGAUCGCGCGUGUAAUGCGAUCUUCGUGCCAAUGAAGACGGGGGGGGGGACAGUGCGGCGAAAAGCGCGCGCGCAACCGAUAUGGUGCCAUUUUCUUUUCGUUCAAGUGCCUUCCGUGAGAGAGAGACUUAUUACAUAAUGUAUAAUGUAUAUUCCCCAUCCUUCGCGUUAUUUUUAUGUACAGAUGUAUGUUGCACUAUACUUUAGGCCGCACGCGCGUAUCGUCGUCGCUUCAUUCUUUUCUUUUGUGCGAGCAAUGAGGAUACGAAGUGAUAACGAUCAUCGAAACCGGCAAUCGGCGCGAGGACAGAGUAAACUAGUAGUUUUGAUGAUUAAAUAAUGAUGAGGGAAUAAUUUCGUAGCGUCUACGUUGCGUUGCGGUAAUUCACCGAUGAUGAAUAAUUUAAUUUGUUAAAGUAAGUUGCAGGACUCCUCGAAAUAGAGAAAACGCAGCGUUCUACAUAAUUUUCAUUACUCGAUAACUGUUUCAAAAACGACGAACUAUUUUCGGAGGGAAAUAAUUAACGAGGGCGGCAGAAAUCCUGUUGGCGGAAAAAGUUGAGAGGAACUCCUACACGGCGAGCCGCCGAAAUCAUGCAGAUCUGAGACGAGAUCUGAAUACGGCACGCCUUUUCAAGUUAAUGGUAAUUUUAUGCGUUAAGCGAUGCCUCGAUUAUCAUAGUUUACGCUGAGAAGACCUCGGACGCGAACCUAGUCUGAGAUCCUGUUUCCUUUCUGCGUGAGAGGAAUCUCAUUCGUUGAAUCUAUUAUCUUUAAUCGCGAGGGUGAUUAAAAUUUUUAUUAAGCGCACUCUGGAUUUUCGCUCUUUUAAUACACAUACAUAGUUUGGCAUUUGAAGAUGUAUUUACUGAACUAAUGAUAAUUCCGUUUUUUUGUUUUUCUUUAAGUAAGAAAGGUACGAAUAUUGGCACGAGAGCGAUCGCGCAGAAUCGAAACAGAUCAUUAAUGUAUCCACAUUUUGUAUGUUAUUAUACGAUAGAAUACCUUUAUUGUAUUUAAUCGAGCAUUAAUAUACGCCACGUUCGUUAACUUAAUAUUUAAUCUGCGGACACACACACACACACACAUAUAAUACAGCUUUCUUCUCGCACCGCUACACGCGAGUGAUGUAACGCGAGGAAAGGCCUUCGACGUUUGCGAACGGCGUAGCUGCGUGUUUGUAACUUUGUAUUUUCUAUGUUAUUAAUAAAACAGCAAAAAGCACAAAGAACUUGGAGGUAGAUCAAUUGUGUGCGUUAAGUUGUAAAUGCAUGCUUGAAGAUACGCGAUUGUCUGCGAAAGACUCACAACCGUUGUAUUGUUAAAAUACCGCCGCUUCUAUUCCACGUGAUUAUCUAUAAUAACCGCUAUAAUAAUCUGACAGAGAUUAUGAAAUAUAUUAAUUAUAUAAUUCUAUUCCUCAUUUUUUUCAUUUCCAACUUUACACGAAAAGAUAUUAUUUUUUUCGUUUCUUUUCCAAUUUAAUUCCUCAUGAUUUACACAUGCGUGAUUGUGUACGAAUCGAAUCUAUUUUAGACUAAAGUCCUCCGUAUCUCGCGAGAAGGAGAAAAACGUGCAUUCGGGGACGAGGGCAUAACGAGUGUUUCUUAUUUCUCGAACGAAGAACGACUUGGAUUUUUGUGAUUCGAGAAACUAUUUGAAUCGCUGAAGAGAAUACGAUAAAUGUGUGUAUAUUUGUCCGUCUCGAUGGGCUUAUCGUUUGUCAGCGCAAAAUCAAGAUCGAGAUGACAGGAGUGUCUUGAGCAUUUCUUUUUUUUAUGCUUUUAUACGCUUUAUGUAUACAUAUUCAUAAAUAUAUAGGUACAUAUAUGCACAGCGAACAAUUUGACUAUCACAAGGUCGAGGUGCAGUACUGUUCUCGGCCGCUCGAGCGAGUGAAUUCCUCCCUUCCGUAGCUCGAGCUGUUAUCCGCUCGAGUUCAUUAAUGAUGUCUAGUGGUUUAAGAAUAUUUUUUUUAUCAAUAUUCGAUAUUAUGUAAUAUAUGAUAUUACUUAUAUAAUAUAUUUAACUAAUUAUAUUAUUAUUUAUUUAAAAAAUAGUCGUGGUACACACCUCAAUUUGUUUUUAACGAAUACGUGACAUCGAAAUCGUUUAAUCAAUACAUAUACAUAUACAUAUGAAACAGAAAAUAUGAUUCUUGAACAUUACAGAGAAAUUUGUCCGCCGAAUACAUGCGCACUGGACAGCAUUAAUGUAUAUCCCAUCGUGCGGUGCACCUUUGCUUAUGCAACGAGAUCAGAACAAGCUCAUCAUCAUCGAGCAUAUGUCGUAGAUAGCUGGUGGAAAUCUGUUAUAAUACAGACUCCGAAUUCAUUCAUGUAUAUACAUGCGAUCCAUAUUUUCAUCUCGUUUCUCGGUUAAUCAACAUGGCGAAUUCAAGUGUUAGAUAAAUGAAAAUCAAGAUAGUGCGGAUAAAAUGUAUUCACCGAAUACAUACGAUUAUAGAACGAGCGAUUGUAAGGUGACGCAUAGAUCACGUAAACGUAGGUAGCGACAGUAGCAGGCUGAAAUUAAAACAACUCAAGUUGUACAAGGAAACUCAUUACUAUCGUUUUAAUAAAACGAGAAGUUCUCUAUA